AUGGAUAAACUAUCGACCGCACCGCCGACGAGGGGGCACACGGAAGUGAAGUAUACGCGUCCCCUUCCGAGCACAUCCUUUUCGAUCGAAAACCUGAUCGCGGUUAAGCGCCGUCGUACCGGCAGCACACCGCCACCGCCACCAGCACCACCACCUGUGUCCCUUUCGCCCGUGAUUGAUCCGGUGGAGGACGACCGAGGAUCGACGUCGUCCCCCACCGAUCCGGAAGUGUCCUCCCAGCAGCAGCAACAGCAGCAGUAUCUGGCGGCGGCGGCCGCAGCCGCCGCGGCCGGCUACAGUGCCGCCAUGCUGUCGUUCAGCAGCAACUUCAACCCCCCGCUGUACCACCCGUGGACGGUCGGACUUCCGGUGGGCUAUCUGUCGCAGGCGGCCAACGAGAAGCUGUCGGCGUUGCUGGGCCACGAUAAAUCGCACACAAGUGACCUCGCGAACUCGCCGCCCGGGGGCCGCAGCGGCGUCCGAAGUGGUGAUAAAUUUCACGCCAACGACGUCGGUCUGCUGUCGAAGGUGUACGCCGCGGCCGGUUACGGUCCCGGGUAUACGGGAUACCAGGGGAUUCCGUUCGCGGGAGUGGUGCACCCGAAUGGUGACUCUUGUGACUAUUUACGACCGGUGGCCGGGAAUCGAGAGCCAUUCAUCAAUGGGCCAGCGGGAGGUGUUUCCCCGGCGCAGCCACCGCUACCAGCGGCGGCAGCUCCGACGACACGGCCCGCCGUGACAGGACUAUCGCAGGACACCGGCCUAGACCGGUCGGCGGCGGAGGAAGACGGUGGCGCACCGGCGGACGGUGCGGACAGUGCCGACGGGUCGGCGUGCAGUGACGACAUCAGUCUGUCACUUUCACCGUCCGGUUGUGGUGGCAAAAAUCCCGAUCUCGGUGAUUCCGAUUCCGAGGCGUGCUCGGAGGACGAAGGCGGCCCAAACGCAUCCUCGAAACGCGGCAGUGGCAGUGGCAACGAAUCUUCCAAAUCACGCCGCCGUCGGACGGCCUUCACCUCGGAGCAGCUGCUGGAGUUGGAGCGAGAGUUUCACGCCAAAAAGUAUCUCAGCCUCACGGAGCGAAGCCAAAUAGCGACAAGUUUGAAGCUGAGCGAAGUGCAGGUUAAGAUCUGGUUCCAGAAUCGUCGGGCCAAGUGGAAACGGGUAAAGGCCGGACUGAACUCGCACGGUCUCGGUGGCCGUGGUGCCGGCACCGGCAGCGCUGGGUCCGGCUCGACCAACAAGAUCGUCGUCCCGAUUCCGGUGCACGUGAACCGCUUCGCGAUCCGCUCGCAGCACCAGCAGAUGGAGAAGAUGAAUCUGGUCGGACCGAAGGCCGAACUGCGGAAGGCUGACCUUGGCUUCGAGUCGGGUGGUUUCGAGCGGUUCGGAGCAAACAAACCGCCCAAACCGCCACUGGCGGAAGUGCCUGCCAGACCGGACGGAGGAGUGCCGCUCGCUGGCGGUCUACCGGCCGAUGGACCCGGUGGGUUUACCGGUGGGGCCGCCCGAUUCGGAUGUUCGAUCGGUGCCCAACCACCACACAGUGCCUCGCUACCCGCGGCCCAUCCAGUUCCGGUGGUCAACCCAAAAACGUUCUGA